GUUUUUGUAUCUGUUAGAUGGAAAAAGUAUCGUCCUUUUUAAUCUCUCUUCUGACAGAAAUACUGCCCCUUUACCUUCUUCUUCUUCACAAAGCCCACCCAAAAGACUCAGCCUAGCCCUCUUUCCCUUUUCCCCCAAGAUUCUUCCUUCAACUGCAGUAUUGCCCAACCCAGAUGGCUUAAUUUCUGCACUUUCCAGAGAUGACCCAUCUUCUCUUUUGUCACCGCAUCAACAAUCCGCAGAAAAUCUCGAGUAUUCAAGCUUGUGAUGAGCAGCAAUAAUGGGGAGAGGAGCUAACUCAUCAAGGAUAGGCCUCAGGCACUCCGGCGGAGAGAUCAUUCAGGUUCACGGCGGACACAUUAUCAGGUCUAUUGGCCGCAAGGACCGUCAUAGCAAGGUCUGUACUUCAAAAGGCCCCAAGGACCGCCGCGUCCGCCUCUCUGCCCACACCGCAAUUCAGUUCUAUGACGUGCAGGAUCGCCUCGGAUAUGACCGCCCGAGUAAAGCUGUUGACUGGCUCAUCAAAAAGGCGAAGGCUGCCAUCGAUCAGCUGGGUGAGCUUCCAACUUGGCUCCCAACUGUCUCAGGGAACUCUAGUUUUAACCAGGAGAAGCUGACAGAAGAAGAAGACCAAACUCAGACUCAGCCUCAGCCGCAGGAGGAGUUCGUGGGUCAAGACGGGGGAAGAAGGGCGACGGCUAGUAUAUUAGGCGGUGAAAGCUCAUAUCAGCAGCUGAAAAUGGGUGGCAACAAUUCGGGCAUCUUGCCCCCGUCGAUGCACGCCGCCGACCCUAUUCAGUUGUUCUUCCCGGUAGGUGUUUCUUCAGAGCCUAAUUCGUCAACUAUGCAGUUUCAAAAUUUCUCGCAGCAAGGUAUACUGUCGAGAACCUGUAGUCAGAGCCAAGAUCUGAGACUAUCUCUUCAAUCUUUCCAACAUCCGAUUCAUCAUCAUCAACAACAUCACGACCCGUCGCUACAAGAUCAUCAUCACCCAGAACAAACCCUGUACUCUGGAACCACUCAGCUGGUUUUCGAUCCUUCUUCCUCCAGUGGAUGGCCAGAUGAGCAUACGACAGAAACUGGUGGGUUCAUCUUCAGCACGCCGAGGAUGCUGCAGCCGUUGUUUAGCCAGAAUCAGAUAUUUUCACAGGGGGGACCCCUUCAGUCCAGUAACACCCAGACAGUUCGUGGUUGGAUAGACCCAUCUCCAUCAUCAUCAGACCACCAAAGUCAUCAUAUCCAUCAAUCUCCAUUUGCAGGUAUGGGAUUCGCCUCUGCCGGUGGAAUCUCGGGUUUUGACUUUCCAUCACGAAUUCAGGGUGAAGAGGAGGAGGAGCACGACCACCGCAUCUCGGACAAGCCAUCAUCUGCUUCCUCCGACUCUCAACAUAAUAAUAAUAUUAUGGAUUGAACUCAGCACCAAUACCAUUAAUCUCUUUUCUCUCUUGGGGUUGGGGAAGAAGAAUUGUGAGUUGUGUGCUUGCUUCAUUCAUGUUGUAGUUUGUAACUCUCUUUUUGUAUGUUGUGGUUGGUUAAACAUGAUUGAUUGGUCUUCUCAAACAAACCAUGGAUGGAAUAAGCAGGAUGAUGAUGCUCCCUCCCUCCCGUCCAAUCAGUCUGUUUCCAUGUAACAACAAAGUAGAUUUCUUUCUUGAUGUUGAUGAAACUUUGAGCUUGGGCUCCACUAUCAUUCUACUAAUAUUAUAUAAUUAACAACUUUUUUCUGGCU